AUGAGAAUCAAUCCUACUACUUCUGGUUCUGGGGUUUCCACGCUUGAAAAAAAAAACCUGGGGCGUGUCGUCCAAAUCAUCGGUCCGGUACUAGAUGUAGCCUUUCCCCCGGGCAAGAUGCCGAAUAUUUAUAACGCUCUCGUAGUUCAAGGUCGAGAUAGUGUUGAUCAACCAAUUAAUGUGGCUUGUGAGGUACAGCAAUUAUUAGGAAAUAAUCGAGUUAGAGCUGUAGCUAUGAGUGCUACAGACGGUUUAACGAGAGGAAUGGAAGUGAUUGACACAGGAGCUCCUAUAAGUGUUCCGGUCGGGGGGGCGACUCUGGGACGAAUUUUUAACGUGCUCGGAGAGCCUGUUGAUAAUUUAGGGCCUGUAGAUACUAGUACAACGUCUCCUAUUCAUAGAUCUGCGCCCGCCUUUAUACAGUUGGAUACAAAAUUAUCUAUUUUUGAAACAGGAAUUAAAGUAGUAGAUCUUUUAGCCCCUUAUCGCCGUGGAGGAAAAAUCGGACUAUUCGGGGGGGCUGGAGUGGGUAAAACAGUACUCAUUAUGGAAUUGAUUAACAAUAUUGCUAAAGCUCACGGGGGCGUAUCCGUAUUUGGCGGAGUGGGUGAACGUACUCGGGAAGGAAAUGAUCUUUACAUGGAAAUGAAAGAAUCUGGAGUGAUUAAUGAAGAAAAUAUUGCAGAAUCAAAAGUGGCCCUAGUUUACGGUCAGAUGAAUGAACCACCAGGAGCUCGUAUGAGAGUUGGUUUGACUGCCCUAACUAUGGCGGAAUAUUUCCGAGAUGUUAAUGAGCAAGACGUACUUCUAUUUAUUGACAAUAUCUUCCGUUUCGUCCAAGCAGGAUCCGAAGUAUCGGCCUUAUUGGGUAGAAUGCCCUCCGCUGUGGGUUAUCAACCGACCCUAAGUACUGAAAUGGGUUCUUUACAAGAAAGAAUUACUUCUACCAAAGAAGGGUCCAUAACCUCUAUUCAAGCAGUUUAUGUACCCGCAGACGAUUUGACCGACCCUGCUCCUGCUACGACAUUUGCACAUUUAGAUGCUACUACCGUACUAUCAAGAGGAUUGGCUGCCAAAGGUAUUUAUCCAGCAGUAGAUCCUUUAGAUUCAACGUCAACCAUGCUUCAACCUCGGAUCGUUGGUGAGGAACAUUACGAAACCGCCCAACGAGUUAAGCAAACUUUACAACGUUACAAAGAACUUCAGGACAUUAUAGCUAUCCUUGGAUUGGACGAAUUAUCCGAAGAGGAUCGUUUACUCGUAGCAAGAGCGCGAAAAAUUGAGCGUUUCUUAUCACAACCCUUUUUCGUAGCAGAAGUAUUUACCGGUUCUCCAGGGAAAUAUGUUGGUCUAGCAGAAACAAUUCGAGGAUUUCAAUUGAUCCUUUCCGGAGAAUUAGAUGGUCUUCCUGAACAGGCCUUUUAUUUGGUAGGUAAUAUCGAUGAAGCUACCGCGAAGGCUAUGAACUUAGAAAUGGAGAGCAAUUUGAAGAAAUGA